UCUGUUCUUGUAAAAAUAGACUGUCUAGCAGAAAACUAUACUAGCUCAUUAGUAUGCAUGAGAUAGAAAUAACACUUCGUACGCCAUCAUGGUCGAGUCAAGCUUGUAUUCAUCCAUGUUGAAUAUUUUAGAAGUUUGUUGCUCAGUUUCGUUAUAUAAGAAUUAACCACGACGUCGUUUACAGGAUUUCCGGAAGCUAUACAUGGACACUUCGUCCAUAAUAACACAAGUUCAACGAGAUGACGAACAACUUAAUACGUUUCCUCCAUCGGAAAAUGGCACGCCGGCGAACAAUGCCAAUAAUAAUGCCAUGAAGAAGCCGAGAAACCGAGGAAUAUUCAGUUCCUUUUUCUGCUGUUUUGGUACAACCAACAACAACAAUCCUCCGUCUAAUUGUCAGGUGCCUGUGGUGGAGGAGAAUGGCAACCCACGGGCACCACCAGAAAAGUACCUGCUAUCACAGGUGCGGCACCAGGACAUGAACAGGAAAUGUGUUGUCAUAGACCUGGACGAGACUCUAGUCCACAGCUCAUUUAAGCCAAUUAAUAAUGCUGACUUCAUCGUUCCGGUGGAGAUAGAGGGAACAGUACACCAAGUGUAUGUACUAAAGAGGCCUUAUGUUGAUGAAUUCCUGAAAAAAAUGGGUGAAAUGUUUGAAUGUGUGCUGUUUACAGCCAGUCUGGCCAAGUAUGCCGACCCAGUGGCAGACCUCCUUGAUAAAUGGGGUGUGUUUCGGGCUCGCCUUUUCAGGGAAUCCUGUGUCUUUCAUCGGGGCAACUAUGUCAAGGACUUAAGCCGAUUGGGGAGAGAUUUGGACCAGGUGGUAAUCAUCGACAACUCCCCAGCUUCUUACAUCUUCCAUCCAGACAACGCUGUACCAGUACAGUCGUGGUUUGAUGAUAUGACUGACACAGAACUAAUGGAUUUAAUACCAUUCUUCGAAGGUCUCUCUAAGGUGGAUAGUGUUUAUACACUGCUUCAGAAUGCCAAUACAACCAACACAGAUUCUUCAUAGUAGUGGCGUUAUUGACCUGAAGGUCAAGGUUGUAUGUGAUGACCUUAACCAAACUUUCAAGGUCUUGUUUGAUGGUGAUGAUCAUGCAUUUGACCUUUUUUAUAUUUAACAUAUGCAAAGAUGACCUCAUAAAAACAUUUUGGUGAGACAGAAAAGGAAGACUUUAUGAAGUUUUCUGUCUGAGAUCGCAGCGGGGACUGCCGACAUUUGGUCAGAUGUGUUUUUGAGGUUGUGAUUUUGUGUUUUAGAACAAACAGGCAUCAGAGAACAGCAAACCACCACCUCCACCAGGGCAUUCAGCAUUCACUGGUGUAUAUGUCACAGAUUGAAGAGCCAGGCUGCAAUAACAAAUUAAUCAUUCAUUGCAGAGUUAUGGGCCCUGGUUCUUCAAAGUCAAACUUGACCUCGUCUGUUACUAAAUAUUCAUUACGGGUGGAAUAGUGGUACUGAACAACCUGUACAUGUGUUAGCUUGUGUACUGGCUCAGGGUGGAAUAAUGGUACUGAACAACCUGUACAUGUGUUAGCUUGUGUACCGGCUUAGGGUGGAAUAGUGGUACUUAACAACCUGUUCAUGUGUUAGCCUGUGUACUUGCUCAGGGUGGAAUAAUGGUUCUGAACAACCUGUACAUGAGUUAGCUUGUGUACCUGUUCAGGGUGGAAUAAUAGUACUGAACAACCUGGACAUGUGUUAGCUUGUGUACUUGCUCAGGGUGGAAUAGGGGUACUGAACAACCUGUGCAUGUGUUAGCUUGUGUACCGGCUUAGGGUGGAAUAAUGGUCCUGAACAACCUGUACAGGUGUUAGCUUGUGUACCUG